GCUGCCUUGAACUCUUCCUCAAGGGUCUCCUGCAGCCCAUCACUCUCCCUUCCCGUCCCCUGCUUCUCUCCGUCUGAACUUCCGAACAUAGAGAUAGACCGUCCCACUCGAGGUCAUGGCUGAGGCUGGCGGGAAUAUCAAGGUCGUCGUGCGAUGUCGGCCUCUCAACUCGCGCGAGAUCGCUCGCGGCGCGAAACUCCUCGUACGCAUGGAGGGCAACCAGACCAUCCUCGACCCGCCCGAAGCCGGCAGCGCGGGUGCGCAGGCAUCGUCUGGCCGUUCCGCGGAGAAGAAGUCAAUGAACUUCGCGUUCGACAAGAGUUACUGGUCUGCGUGCUCGCGGGACGAACCGAACUACUGCUCUCAACAAACACUAUACGAUGAUCUCGGAAAGGAGUUGCUGGACCACAGUUUCUCGGGGUUUAAUGCGUGUAUCAUGGCUUAUGGUCAGACUGGUUCCGGAAAGUCGUAUAGUAUGAUGGGAUAUGGCGCCGACAAGGGUAUCAUCCCCCUUACUUGUUCGGAGUUGUUCACGCGAGUAGAGGCGAAGAAGGCGGCAGAUCCUAAUUUCAUGUUCACGGUGGAAGUAUCGUACAUCGAGAUCUACAACGAGAAGGUCCGCGACUUGUUGAACCCGAAGAACACGGGGAACCUGAGGGUCCGAGAACAUCCAAGUCUUGGUCCUUACGUCGAGGAUCUGUCCAAGCUGGUUGUGAGCAGCUAUGACGAGAUGAUGACCCUCAUGGACGAAGGUAACAAGGCGCGAACGGUCGCCGCCACAAACAUGAACGAGACGUCAUCUCGGUCGCACGCCGUGUUCACGGUUAUCCUGACCAUGAAGCGACAUGAUGUCGACAGCAACCUGGACACCGAGAAGGUCUCCCGUAUCAACUUGGUCGACUUGGCCGGUUCCGAGCGAGCAAACUCGACAGGAGCUACAGGAGCGCGUCUUAAGGAAGGUGCCAACAUCAACAAGUCACUCACGACUCUCGGAAAAGUCAUUGCAGCCCUUGCCGUCGCGAGUUCGAAUGACGGCAAGAAGGGCAAGAAGGGCAAGGGGGACGACUUCGUCCCGUACCGAGACUCCGUCUUGACAUGGCUGCUGAAGGACAGUUUGGGAGGAAACUCCAAGACUGCGAUGAUUGCCGCCAUCUCUCCUGCAGACGUGAACUACGAGGAGACUCUGAGUACGCUGCGUUAUGCCGACCAGGCCAAGAAGAUUAAGAACAAGGCCGUCGUUAACGAGGACCCCAACGCCAAACUCGUCCGAGAGCUCAAGGAGGAGCUAGAGAUGCUCAGAGCGCGCGUGACCGGAUCGACCAGCGAGGCUGUAUAUGACCCGAAGAUCCCGGCGGCGCAGCAGAAGGUCACGUACCAGGCGAAGGACGGCACGUUGAAGACGGUAACGAAGGCCGAGCUGCAGGAGCAACUGGAGACGAGCGAGAAGCUCAUGGAGAGUCUGAAUGAGACGUGGGAGGAGAAGAUGCAGCGGACUCAGGAAGUGCAGAAGGAAAGAGAGAAGGCGCUCGAAGAGCUGGGCAUCACAAUCGACAAGAAUAAUGUUGGCGUGCAUACGCCGAAGAGGAUGCCUCACCUUGUCAACUUGAACGAAGACCCGCUCAUGAGCGAAUGUCUGAUUUAUCAGCUCAAGUCCGGAAAGACGAUGAUCGGCCGGCUCAACAGCCAAAUGCCUGCCUCAAUUCGUCUCAGUGGCGAGAGUAUCGGGGAGCAACAUUGCUACUUCGAGAACAUAGACGGCAAGGUAACCCUGCAUGCAAUGCCUGAUGCCGUCACGUUCUUGAACGGCCGGCAAAUUACUCCAGGGCAGACCUACAAACUUCGCAGCGGUUUCCGCAUUAUUCUCGGGGAACACCAUGUAUUCCGCUUCAAUAACCCUGAGGAAGUCCGGAAACAGCGGGACCGCGCCCUGGCGAAGUCCAAUCUGUCCAUCAGCAUAUCUGCUGCAGAACUACAGCAGCAAGCGAACGCCGAGGCUGAGAAGAGCACCAGGCCUCACUCUCCUGCCUCGUCCAUUGAUGUCGCUGAUGUUGACUGGACGUUUGCUAAGCGGGAGGCUGCCUUCGCUCGAUUAGGCUUGGACCCUACUCUGGACAACCUGCCGGACGAGGACUUGAACAAGCUCUUCGAGAAGAUCACGAAGGUGAAGACCAUGCGAGACCAUAAUGCCCGACCGCGGCCGGAGAGCAGUCUCAGUCAAGCAGACGAUAUCUGGAGCGAGAACGGGCGACCAUCUGCUAGCGAGGUCUUCACGGACGACACGAGUGUCGACGCCAUGACAAGCCACGACAGCCCGGACGUCGGUGCGCUGAAGGACGUGCAGAACCAACUCGAUACGCAGCGCGUUGAGUUUGAGGCCCGGUUGCAGUCGAUCGCGGAGUCGAACGAGGCCGAGGACUUGAAGGCCGAGAAGGAGCAGAUGGAGCACCAGCUAAAGUUGGUGCAGAACCAUAUGAAGCGCCUUUUGGAUGCUCGGGCGAGAGGAGAGCACGACGCUGAGCUGGAGGCGUUCGAGCCUGUCAUCUACACAGCGAAGCAGCUGCGGCUUAUCCGUAGGGUUCUUGACAAGUGGAGAACUCACCGGUCCUUCUCUAUGGCGGAGGUCGUGCUGUCUAACGCCGUCUUCGUCAAGGAGGCAAAUGUCAUCAGCAAGGAACUCGGCAAAGACGUUUCAUACAACUUCACCGUCGCGUCUGGUGGUUCGCUUGCAGCGCCGGCGUCUGCUAUCGACACAAUCGCGGGUCUGGAUCAGUUUGGCGACGUCGUUGAUCCUGUUCUGGCAUCUGCGACACAACCCUCCGUCGCUAUCAAGGUUGUUGACAAGCGCAACAAUGCUAUCUAUGCCUGGUCGUUAGAUCGCCUGCAGCAGCAACUCCAGCGCAUGCGCAAUCUCACCACCUUCAUUGACCGCCCAUCCUACUCCCAACAUUUCUCGUCCGAAGAGCCCUUCUACGACAACCCCCCUCCCGAAUACACAUUCAUCGGCAAUGCAUUACUGUCCUUGGCACCCCUCUCACGACGACUGUCAUCCAACUCUACCGUUCCGAUCUUCGACCGCUACACGGCUGAAGCAAUCGGUUCAUGUCGUAUCGACUUGAAGAUUGCCAACGUUGUGCUCAACCCGAAACACGCGCACACUUCCUCCAAUUCUACCCGCGCAUCCUCUCCUGUCCCUGGAACCGUCCCUCCAGGGAGCAAGCUCAGCUUCGUCCUCAGCAUAGACAACGUCAAGGGCCUAUCGCAUCAUGACUUCCACUCCGUCCACCUACAAGUCCGGCUAUCAUCGUUCCUUGGCCCAGCAACGAUGUCAGAGGAAGUCUACCCUUCAUCUGCUGUAGACCUGGAGAAGUCAACGCUCUCGGAUCUCAAAUUCCGCCGCAGCUUCUCAAUCGUCGCGUCGUCGAGGGUCCUAACAUACCUCCGUCAGGGAUAUGCGCCGAUUGAGUUCUUCGCGAGACUAAAGCCAACCUAUCUGGAGCGCAUGGAACGUUGGGACGAAAUGCGAGAACAGCGCGUCGUCCCCAACACUAGAUCCAGCUCUCCAGAGAGCAAGACACCAAGUCUGCCCCUCAUGCGUAGGUCGGAGACUGACUUCGUCGUGGAGCAGACCCACGACGUAAUAGCUUGGGUGCAGAUCAGCGAACUCGCGCCAGAUGGUUCUUAUACCCCUGUCUCUGUCAUGUCACACGGAAACCUGGACCCGGGAGCGUUCCAGCUGCACCAGGGUCUACAACGCCGCAUCAUCUUGCAGCUUUUCUCGAAUUCGGGACGACAGCUGCCUUGGACAGAAGCGACGCGCGUGAAGUUGGGUAACAUCCGGUUACUCGACACGAAGGGCCGCCUGCACGAAGGAAACUCCAAAGCCAUGAUCACAUUGCCUCUCUUGCAGCAGCAACACGUCGAGUUCAGACCUGAUGGUUCAGGUAUCCUCUCCGCGGAGGCGCUCUGGGACUCGAGUGUGCACGAUUCUAUCCUCCUCAACCGCGUCACAGCACCCGGCCAGCGCAUUCUUCUCCAGCUGCAGUUCUCAGUCAACGUCGAGAUCUGCGCAGACCCCGUGCAGUUCACCAUGGACACGGCUGUGGCAAUACAGACACGAGAUGCACGGCCGCCGUCUCGCAUUUUCAGCCUGCUCGGCUCGACGAAGAUCAUCCCGAAAACAAGCACGGUCUUCACUGUCAAACUGUCUCCGCCGCUGACGAGGUCGCCCAAGGACCUCUGGCGGUUAGACACUGCGGAGAAGUAUGUGCGCGGCGAGGAGUCUCUGGGUGUGUGGCGACCACGUGGGGUCUCCGUGGUGGAGGACUACAACCGACUGGUGUCCAUGGAACGGCGCGCAGCGGACGUUCAGGCCGUCCGCGUUAUCCUCACCUCGUACCCAGCAAGUCGCGUCACCCAAGCCGAUGCCGCAGUAUGGGGCUCUGAGGCACUUCUGCAGAAGGCACUCGCACUGUGGCAGAAGCGCUUCGGGCACCCAGGCGAGAUCGUGAUCAGCCAGGACCCGAUAGAUCCAGAGGAGUCUAGCGUGAAGUCGGGCAAGAGCUCCGCCGGCAUGCAGCCCGCGGACUCGGUGAAGCUGAUCUCGUCGACAAAGGUCGUCCCGCGAAAUGAUGGCCCGACGAAGAAGGGCCAUAUGAUGAUCAUGAUCGACGCGAACGAGAACGUCUGGGAACGCAGGUGGUUUGUAUUGCGAAGGCCGUAUCUCCACGUCUACGCACACUCGAAUGAAACUGAGGAAGUCAAUGUCAUCCAUCUGGACGGGGUGAACAUUGAAGUCAAUCCGGAGAUGGAGGCUCUUCUCGGGAAGAAGUUUACCUUCACACUCUUUACGUCCUCGAACUCGUACGCGCUCUCCGCGUCGAGCCUCAAGGAGCUCCAGGCAUGGACAUCCAAGCUGGACCCUACACGUCUCCCGUCAUGACCGCCACGCACCUUACGAAUCUCCCUUUCGCUUUCGCUUUGC